ACAUAACCUACAAAGUAGAGAUUUUCUGAUUUUGAGGUUGUGUACUAGUGUCCCAGUGUUUCUGAUUUCUCCUAAGAAAUGAGAAUUUUCUAGCAAUUGUGUGGUGUAAUUAGUUGUAAAAUUGAUUUUGAAGUUAAUUUUAAUGAUUUAAAACUGUUAAUCUGAUAAUUCUUUUUCUUGUCAAGCUUUAGUAUUGAAUAUUUGAAGUAAAGACAUAAAUUAGUAUUUUUUGCCUCAACCAAUGUGCUCAAAUAUUACUAAAUCAAUAUUAAAUGAAAAAUACACGGACCUUAGUUUGAUUUUUUGAGUUAUAAUGUCGCGAGUGCUACUUAGAUUUUGUUUUCAAUUUAGUGGUUAUACCCGGCAUACAAGAGUUUUGAGUUCCACCUCCAGAAUGACAAGAACUUAUAAUUUUCAAUACCCUCAACGCUCAUUUGCUGAUGAUGAAAAGUCAAGACUACCCAAACUCAAUGAAUUUAGUGGGGUAGAAGACAAAAGCAAGGAUGUAUUUCUAGAAGUUAUAAAUAAUUAUGAAGCAAGAGAAGUUCAUAAGAGAAACCAUGUAGAGUUCAUCUACGGAGCUUUAAAACAAAUGAAAGAUUUUGGACUUGAACGAGAUUUAGAAGUUUAUAAAGCUCUUGUAAAUGUAAUGCCUAAAGGAAGGUUCGUGCCUAGAAACUUUGUUCAAGCCGAAUUUAUGCAUUUUCCCAAACAGCAGAUUUGCAUCAUGCACUUACUGGAACAAAUGGAAGAAAAUAAAGUGAUACCAGACGCGGAACUUGGUGAGCUGUUGAUCAACACAUUUGGCCAACGAGGCUUGGCAGUGAGGAAGUUCAUGAGAAUGCUGUACUGGAUGCCGAAGUUCAGCAAGCUGUCUCCCUGGCCGCUGCCUGCCGAGGUGCCUCGCGAGCCAUUCGACCUCUCCAUGCUCGCCAUUAAGAGGAUCACCAGCGUCGAUCCUUCUACUGUCAUUUCAGUAUUCAGUACUAGAGAUGUGGAAGACUCCAUAGAUGAUACGUGGAUUAUAAGCGGUCAGAGUCCAACACAGCAGGAACUACUGGCCAGUCACAAAAAGAAUUCUCCCGUCUACAUUGAGGGAGCAUUCAGGAUAUGGCUGAGGAAAUCAUCGGUCUACUAUUUUGUGCUACGAGGAGAUCCAAGACCUCCACCUGAUCCAGUCGAAGCCGAUAUUGACGAUGUGUCAAGCUUCAAGCCUGCCAGCCUAUUCGCACCGCCCGUAUCAGAACUGGCCAUCCAGACCUCUGUACAUGAACAGGAAGACGGCGUUUACUAUGCAGUCUGUUGUACAGGAUCCUCAGGCAAGGACUCGCUUCUGUCCUGGGUCAGGAUACUGCAGAGGACGAAUCCUAUCCUGGGCGAAGUGCCCAUCCUAUUCAAAUUCUCGUCUCCCACUCGCGAUCUUGUUUCAACCGAUGCUAAAGACAAGGACAGUAAAGAUGAAACGAAAAGUGAUAGUCAAAAAUCGAAUGAGACAACAGGUAGCAAUCCAUAAUGAUCAUAGUGUUUAUUUUAAUCUAGGGAGAUGAUAUUAAAAGCUCUAUUUAAAUUUA